AUGGGCUGCAUAUCACCGAAGAAAAAGACAUUCAGCUUAUACCUCGAAAACAUGCAACAAUUGAAAAUCCGCCCUGAAAUUUUCGUUACUGAAAGCCAUGACCAGUUUUCAAAUGAAUAUGAAAUCACAAAAGAACUGGGCCGAGGAGCCUUCUCCAAGGUUUUCCAGUGUAUAGAAAAAGUCACUGGAAAUACUUAUGCGGUUAAAAUGAUAAUAAAAAAACAAUUAAGUCAAGAAAUGCUGACUUCCACAAAUAAGCUUCAAGAAAUUCAAGUUUUAAAAACGUUGGAUCAUCCAAAUAUUAAAUUAACGUAUAAUUAGAUUUUACAUAAAAUAAUUCCAAGCUUUAAUUAUAUAUAAAUUAAUAAAAAAUAUGUAUAAAUCUCCUUACCCAAAUAUUUUAAAGGUUUUCCAGAUUUUUGAAGAUAAAAAUCACUUUUAUAUCGUCAUGGAAUUCUGUCCUGGAGGUGAAUUGUUCAGUAAAAUUUCAGAAAAAGGACACUUUAGUGAAAAAGAAACAGCACACAUAAUGUAUCAAUUGUUAUCAGCAGUGAGCUAUUGUCAUUCGAAAAAUAUUAUACAUAGAGAUUUAAAGCCUGAAAAUAUUUUAAUUGAAGAAGCCAAUGGAGAAAUCACAAUAAAAGUAGCUGAUUUUGGGAGUUCAGUGUUUUUCCAAAAACAUAAAAUUAAAGGAUGCUUCGGCUCAGUAUAUUAUGUCGCUCCAGAGGUAUUCUAUUUAUAGUUAAUAAGAUUAAGUUACUCAACGGCCAUAAGCAGCAUAUACUAAAUUCCUGGGGAUAGCGCGGAAUACGCUAUCCCCAGGACCAACCGGGAUCGGAUCCACACAUGGAACGGGGGUUCCAUGUGUGGAUCCAUUUUUGACAUGUGAGAUAUUUACUUUCACGUGUCAAAAAUGGAUCCACACACGGAACCCUCGUUCCAUGUGGGAUCCGAUCCCGGUUGGUCCUGGGGAUAGCGUAUUCCGCGCUAUCCCCAGGAAUUUUCUAUACCACUAGCCGGGCCACUUUGACUCUAGGAAAGGUUGCAAAUCGUGCAAUGCCCUGCCAAAACUCUGCCCUCCUUAAUUUUCUUAUGACACUCGCCUAGCCUAAGGUUAGCUCCCUAGGUUAGAGCUAUUCUUUGUCGGGCUAAAGAUAGUCCCGAUAGAAGAGACUAUGUGAGAGGCAAAACCUCUCUAGCCCAUCUGGCAGGGAUAGGGAGACCCUCCAGGGAUAAACAAAUUUCCUCUUCAGCAGUCAUCCCAAGUCUGAAAGCCUCUUCAAAAAGGGACAAAGGCCUUGUUUCAGCUUUAUCUGGAUUGAUCCUAUUAUCCUUUGGGAGUGAGCCUCGGAGACCAUUUUCCGUCACGUCCACAUUUAUUUCAUUUUAUAGAUAAUAAUGCAUUUUACUUUGAAAAAGAGUUUUAGAUUAAUCAAAAUAUUAGCCAUUAUAAAAGGUAUACUAGAAAAUUCUUAUAACGAACUAUGUGAUGAAUGAAGCUGUGGAAUUAUAUUGUAUAUACUAUUGACAGGGAAGCCACCGUUUAGUGGGAAAUCUGAAGCAGAAAUUUUACACAAUGUAAAAUACGGUAUCAUUUUAACUGAUGGGCCUCAUUUUCAUAAAAUUUCUGAAGGAGCAAGAGAUCUAAUGAGAAAACUGCUUGAAAGGGACGUUUCAAAGCGGAUCACAGCUCAAGAAUCCCUUGCUCAUAGCUGGCUUCAAUCAUAUAAAGCCUUAGAUUUCCCUACAUCUGACCAAAUCCUAGCUCCCCCAUCCGUGAGCGAAAAAAACCAUUGGAAAAAUUCCUAUUUUUUGGCCAAAAAUCCAUCCUCCGUGAGUGAACAAAAACUAAUUAUGCAAAAAAAAUUUUGGUAAAUAAGUGAUAAUUAGUAUAAUGAAAUCUUGAGCUAAUUCUGUUUAAUUUUGAACAAAUUGUAUUUUAAAACAUAAAUUUUACAAAUUAAAUAAAUAUUUGUUUUCCAAUUUUUGCGAAUUGGAUAUUUUUUAGAAUUUUUAAACAAAAUUUUAUUAUAAAAUAUAUAUAAUAUUUUUUUUAAAAAAAAAUUCACCCCCUCCGUGAACGAACAAAAUUUUUUUUAUUAGCUCACGUAGGGGGAGUAAACAUUUUUACACAACUCAGUUCCUUUAAUGCUUCAGUAAAGCUCCGUAGUGCAAUUUUUACCUUCAUCACAACUCAUUUAGUAACACAAGAGGAAAAGCGAGAGCUCCAAAAAUCAUUCCGAAUGCUCGACCAAAAUGGAGACGGUCGGGUCAGCAAAGAAGAACUGCUUAAAAUCUAUAACGAAGUCGUAGGAGGACUAAACAAUGAAACUGUCAUUGAUAGAAUUAUGAAUAACGUUGAUACAGAUGGGAGCGGAUUUAUCGAUUACACAGAAUUUAUCCAAGCUACCCUGGAUCAUGAAAUUCUAUUUUCUAGGCGAAACCUUGAGAUGGCUUUUAAAAUUUUUGAUAAAGAUGGAAGUGGGUCAAUUUCUACAGAUGAGCUGAGGAGAAUGCUAAGUGGAGGGAAAGGCUCAAAUGACGCAGUUUGAGAAAGCAUUAUAAAGGAAGGAGAUCAGAAUGGCGAUGGAGAAAUUGACCUGAAAGAGUUCACAGAAUUAGUUUUGGAAAAAAUGUAA